UAAUUGCCAACCAGUCCGCUGGAUUAUAUCUGACCGUGUCGGACUGGUGUGUAAGCAGGCGAAUAUGAGAAACAGCUAUUCUUGCAUUGACCUGCAUCUUAUAUAGUGUUCCAGCAGUACGCUGCGACAUGCUAUUUAAUAUUAGCAAGCCGGCUAGCCCUGAGUGCUAGCAGUGCUACAUACUUCCCAUCGAUAUGACUCUCAGGAGUGUGCAGUAAAUCCUCUGGUGCUAUGAUGAUGGCUACAUAUCCUUUAAUGUCUUUAAAUAAGAAUCCAGCCCUGCGUGACCUUUUGUACUUAUGUGAAAAUGGAAGAUAAUGUUGGAUUAAUCAUUGAACCCAAAAGACACAGAAUGUUCAAGGUCCCAUUUGAAGAUGAGAAACCUGCCUUCCAUACAAACCAGAAGCCUUCUGGUCCCUCAGAACCGUUUGUCCUGUCAGGGACUACUGAAGUGCCAUACACCAUUAACAGAUAUCUACGAGACUACCAGAGAGAGGGGGUUAAAUUUAUCCAUGACAGCUAUUUGAAGUCCAGAGGUUGCAUCUUGGGUGAUGACAUGGGCCUGGGAAAGACCAUUCAGGUUAUAAGUUGGUUGGCUGCAAUUUUGCAGAAAACGGGAACAUGGCAGGAUGUUGAAAAUAACAGGCCAGAGUUUUUGCAGUCACAAGCACCAUCAAAAGUGUCCAAAGUUAAGAAGAUGUUCCUCAUCGUGACUCCCCUCUCUGUGCUCUACAACUGGAAGGAUGAGCUGGACACAUGGGGCCAUUUUAAAACAGUGGUUGUUCAUGGUGUGAGAAAGGAGGAAGAAUUGGGCCGUGUAAACAGAGGAAGAUAUGAGAUUGUCCUGACAACUUUUGAAACACUAAGACUCUGUCUAGAUGAUUUUAACAGUCUUGACUGGGCAGCUGUCAUUGUGGAUGAAGUUCACAAGCUAAAGAAUGUCAAAUCUCAGAUCACUCAGGCAAUGAAAGAUCUGAAAUGCAAAGUACGUGUGGGACUAACUGGUACAAUCUUGCAGAAUAACCUGGAGGAACUCUGGUGUGUCAUGGAUUGGGCUAACCCUGGAUGCCUUGGGUCAUUGGGUAGUUUUGUAAACAGGUUCUCUGAACCUAUUGAACAGGGACAGAAACACAGUGCAACCAAGAGAGAGCUGGCCGAGGGCCGCAAGGCUGCCCAGGCCCUGGCUAAAAUUCUGUUUCGCUGGUUCCUCAGGAGAACCAAAGCACUCAUUAGAGAUCAGCUACCAAAGAAAGAUGACAGGGUGGUGUACUGUUCCAUGACAGAUUUCCAGCAGGCAGUAUACCGUGCUGUGUUGGACACAGAUGAUGUCCGGUUGCUGUUACAGAGCGAAGAGAAGUGUCCGUGCAGCAGUGGACGCUCCAGAAGAAAAUGCUGCUUUAAGCUCAAUUCAGACGGUGUCCCUGCGAGACACUUGUACUUCAGUUACUUGGCUAUACUGAGGAAGGUCGCCAAUCACGUAGCUCUGCUGCAGAGUAAAGAAGGAACCAGUGAAAAACAGGAGAAAUAUGUAACUGCUAUCUGUGAGCAAGUCUUCAAGAAGUUUCCAGACUUCACAGAAAGAUGCAAGCAGGCUGCAUUUGAGGCCAUGUCAGACCCUGUCUACAGUGGAAAAAUGAAGGUGCUGCAAAGGCUGCUUAAUCAUUUUAUCACAAAGAAUGACAAAGUUCUACUUUUUUCACUCUCAACAAAGCUCCUGGAUGUUUUGGAGAGCUAUUGCAUUGCUGAAGGUAUGGAGUACCGCAGAUUGGAUGGAAGCACCAAGGCUAAAGAUCGCAUCCAUAUUGUCAAGGAAUUCAACAGCAGUAGAGACAUUAACAUGUGCCUUGUGUCCACCAUGGCUGGUGGUGUUGGACUAAAUUUAGUUGGGGCUAAUGUUGUUGUCCUGUUCGAUCCAACAUGGAAUCCAGCAAAUGACCUUCAAGCUAUAGACAGAGCGUAUCGCAUUGGGCAGUGUAAGGAUGUGAAAGUUUUUAGGCUCAUCUCUCUGGGGACAGUGGAGGAGAUCAUCUAUCUGCGCCAGAUUUAUAAACAGCAAUUGCAAUCCUCAGUGAUUGGAAACGAAAAUGCCAGACGCUUCUUUGAGGCAGUCAAAGGAGUAGAUGGCCAACCAGGAGAGUUAUUCGGGAUCAGAAACCUCUUCCGCCUCCAGACUGAUGGAACUUGUCUUACACGCCGCAUCCUGGAGAGGGAGGGCCAUGUUGAGGUGGGGAUCAUGACAGCCAGCAUACAGGCAAUGGAUGAGAGGGUGCAAGAGCUGAAACAGGAAGAUAGACCAGCAGCAUGUGGCCCAAAAGUCAGUUGCUCUGAUGCUGAAAUUCUGGAUUUUAGCAGCGCUAGUGAGGAUGAGAAUCCCUGCGGCUCCAGAUCAAGAACAAUAUACACAAAUAUAGUAGAGGGGUCUGGACCCAGCUCUGGCCCUGCUGCAAAUAUGAAUCUGUCUGCUCUGCUGAUGAAACAUAUGACCAAUGCAAAGCAAAUGAGCUCAGAGAGCAGUGAAGACAGCACUUCUGAUACAGACACUAAGAGUGUGAACAUAAAGGAAACCAAGGCAGGUAGGGGUAAAACAAAUUGGUUAAUAUCUAGUGACUCGGAGGAAGAGAGGAAUGAAGUAAAAAAGGCCUCUGACCAUAUCUUCAUGGAGGAGUCAGAAGACAUAGAAAUUCUCUACAAUUCUACAGAAGCAGAACAACUGAGAGCUAGAGCGAGUACUAAGAAAGAUCAGAGGUUGGAUUUGGCCAUGUUGGCAGUACAGAGACAGAGAUGUCCUGAGGAGGUUAAGAGUUUUGACUCGUCGGAAGAUGAAGCCCCAGUGAGAAAAAUAAAGCAUAAGAAAAGUGUGCGACGGAAUUCGGCUCAAAAAUCAGAUCAGUUCACAGGUUUAAAAUGCCCAACUAUGCAUUCCAGAAAGCCACAAAUCACAGAGAGUACCUGCACUGGCACCCUGGACACUUUAUUAGGUGGGCUUCAGGAAGUGAGCUACACCCACUCAAAUCAGAAAGUGGUCGGCUCGAGUGGGACAGAGAACCGCCUAAGCCAUGCUGCUUUACGGGCUGUGUUUGAACUGAACAAGCACUCCCAACUCCCAGCAAACUUUCUCUGUGAUAUAUCUGGGACACAGUCUGGAAUCCCCCAGUUAUCUGAGCCCACAAAUGGUGGAGAGGAAGUUGAAUCGCCAGAAAGUCCGGACAAGACUUGUUUGAAACGUCAGGUCACCCACACCAUCCAAACUUCCCUUCAUACUAAAACUGCAACCGUUAGUGUAGGCAAGACGCCUGCUGCUGUCCGCAAGCAGCAGCUGGAAGAAAUGGCAAAGUUCUUCAGAGCAAAGUCUGUGCAAGAGUUUGCAGAAGAGCUUGUGAAGAGCAACUCGGCACAGCGACUGAGCAAGCUUUGUGAGUUCUACAGCAACAGCAGCCCUGAGCUUACUGACAUUAUCCAAAAGACCUUUCCCAAACCUGUGACUGAGCCAAAGCUAAGUAUGUCACCAAUCACUGCUCAAUUCAGUAAGUCUAGACUAAAGUCUACCUCAAAAAGAAUCCUCUUAAACUCGGUUCAGAGACCUCAUGAGGAAGCAGAAACGGGAACCUCACAAAAGAAGAGAAGAACCAAGGCGCAAAGUUCUAAAGAUGUUUAUCAUGGUCAUGCUGGUCAGACUGAGCCUAAAAGCAACAGGUUGUCUUUGCCAGCCUCAGAACGAAGUCCCAAAGAGAAAUCUUCUGCAGUCAUUCGUUCUUACUUUGAAAAAAAUACUAAUCUGUGUAGUAUUUCGAAACCUACUUCUCCCACUACUGAAUUGUCAACUCCGUCAAGAGAGGAACAAGCAGACCAAAACCUAAACACAACUUGCAUUAGUGACCUUAUAGGUGACACCUCCAUUCUAGAUGACCUUUUUAAGCAAAGGAGAAAUGCUGACCGGCAAAAGCCAGCAACAGCACCCAUUCCCUCACCUACUGAGAGGACCAAGAAGAGGGGUAAAGACUUUUGGGAUAUUUUGAAUGAGGGGAAUGAAGAGAGAAUCAAUAAACUGACAGAUCUCUCUCAGGUAGAGAAGCUUUGCAGGAGUAUUAAUGUGUGUGCAAAGUCCAAAAGCGAAAGUCAGCCAGAAAGCUCUCAAUUGUGGAAGAAGAAUGAGAAAUUUCUGUGGAAGAGAUAAAAAAAAAAAAACAGAAGCUUUUUUUUUGUGAAAUUUGAAAUGAUUUCAUUGUUUACAAAACAUUUUCAAAUAUUCCAAUUUUUAUAUAAUUGUUUUAUUUAAGAACAUUUGUUUAAUUUUAUUGCUGAACGGUAACAAGUGUUUUAACCCUUUUAAUAUUUGACCUGCUUUUCUGAUUUUUUUUCUGUUAACAUGUGAAAAAACACUACAGCUCAUCUGUAGGGUCUGAAAAAAUUGAUUUCUGCUCUUAUUUAAAUAUUUUGUGAGAAGCCUCUGGAAUUAUUAAAUUGCAAUUCAAGUACAAGUCUGAUCAAAACACAACAAUGAUGGGCUUUAAAUGGUAGAAACCAAUGCUACUGUAACAAUCUCUGAUCUCCAACUCCCAGUUCUAGUAGUCAAUUCCCAGUUCAUUGUUAUACUUUAACAAUGAUUUUGCUGCUUUUUUUUGUUGCUGCUUUUUUAUCUAGUGUUUUUAAAUCACAUCUGUCCUUUAGCUUAUUUGAAGAUGUCCACAUGGUCAUUAUAGCAUGGAUGUGUGUUAAGUGAAAGGAACAGUGUGGUUAAGGUGAUACUGUAGAUGAAUAUUUAUCUAUACAUGCGACAUCCCCAGAUUUUCACUGCCUUAAUAAUUAUCAACAAUGACUGAUGAAUAAUGAUGUUCGAAUCAGACUUCCCUCCAUAACAACCAUACACACAUUACCACAGCCAAUGGGGAAAAAAGUUUAUUAAAAAUGGAGCACAGCCAUGUGGCUCUUACAGUGUGGCUCUGGUCCAGUCUGACUGAACUUGAUAUUGUGCUAUGCGUAUGAUGGUGUUUCUGGGAAUUAUUCUCUUACUGCACUGUAAUGGAGAACUGCAAAUAAGUCAGUUAAACUUGACUGGGAUUAAGAUCCUUUUUGCACUUUUUUCCUCUUUAUAUUUGUCCAUGCUGGGUGGGGACUGAGUGAGUGUAUAUGUAUGUGUCUGUCAGUUUAGUGACACAGCUGUGCCUGAUGUUAGGCAGGCCAUUUGGGGUUUUGUUCAUCUCCCAACAAGAAAUGGGAAAGUGUUGAUAUAUAUCAAUAAACAGGAGACUAGUACACGCUGUGACACAAUUUCCUGAUCAAACAGUUCGGGUGGUAGAAUGUGAGGCUCUGUUUUCCUGUUUACGAGGCAGCUUACAAAAUGGAGAACACUUGCUCCAUUGUGCAAAACACAGAUGCAUCAGACUCUUGUUUAUCAAAAGGUUUCUUAAAUAUUACAGUAACCAUGGCAGAUUGAAUCACUCAUUUAAUGAUGUUUAAUUCCUGAAAAUAAGUGGAUUUAAGGAGAAUUUUAAUACAUUGGUGUAUUCAAUAUAUUUUUUUCUGGAAAUAGUGGUGCCAGUAUAAAUUAUGACAUGCUGUUUGUAAAGAAAUGUUAUAUAUAGGCCUAUACAUUUUCCUUAAACCUUGAGAAUAGAGAUGAAAAGAAACUUCUCUUGGUCAUGAAGAAGGGUGAUUGUCUUGAGUUUCUACUUGUUUCCAAAGGGUGUCCGAAAAGCCAGGAACCAGCAUAAAUACAUUAGACAAAAUAUGAAAAAGUGGCUGGAUAAAUGAGUAAAG